ACGCCCUGCGAAUUUUUGCGUCCUGCCGUGGUUGCCUAAUCUCCCUACGUUGCCCGCCUGCGAUGCGGACCCCGUGGCUGCUGACAGGCUAUUCGAUCUCGUCCCAUCCCUCUCGUUGAAUCAUACCGUCUCGGGCGCAUUCAAGGUGCAACAGGCACAUAGAGCUAGCUUUCCACGUGCUGCGUGUUGCACAGCCCUGGAGUAAUACGGCUGAAACGUUCCCGAGGUCGGUUUAUCAAGCCGGUACAUCCGACACCAAAACCUGGUCGCAGCUUCUCCUUCAACACCGUACGGUCGCAACACCGGACCACGCAUAUCUAACGCUGUCGGAGCGACCUCACAGGAAAGACUCGCCAUUCGUCCGGCUGUGGAAAACACGAUGCAUUCUUCGUAUGCCGAUACCUCCCGGCUAGCGAGCUGGAAAGCGGCAGCAGGCACUAGUGUCAUUGCUGGGGCCAUUAUCAUCCUCGUCGUCGUCUUUAUCGAUCGACUGGCGUCGAAACCGAAAACAUACCAGCUGUUUCCCGUCUGGGCAACACUCGAGAUUGGACUAACUUCUCAUCUUCUCUCCGAGAAUGGACUGGGUCGCCGUAUUCUGAUGUUGCUUCGGCGAAACAGUGGAUCUCUUGUUGGGCUCUCAUCAAGACACCAAAUACUCAUUGAUUCGCCGCACAUGACAAAAUUGAUGUCGCAGUCAAAAUCCAUCUUAGAUCCUUUUCCGGCUCAGUACACCCUUCUCGUCCGUGUAUUCGGUGGCGAAGACUCUCUACAGUUCAAACAAAAAUUGGACGCUUCCUAUAUGUCGCUGAAAUCACCCGUCGAGAAGGUGUUCUUAAAUGAGAACGCUGCCACUGCUGCUUUGGAGAGAGCUUGCAUACCCGACAAAGUGAAGUCCUUCGUGACCUUCAAGUCUAAUCCUCGCGACAUAGAGUUGUGGGAGCAUUCGGCACAGAUUCGGGUUAUCAACCCUGACUCUGGUGGUGUUGAGAAAGUGGAAGCAAAUUUUCAAAGCUUGGUUCGAGACUUUGGUGCCUGUGUCGCCAUCCCACAGCUAUACGGUCGCGACUUUCUCGAUCGAUAUCCACAGGCACUAGAGGAUUUGUGGAAGUUUGAUAACGAUCUCUUCCCCCUUUUAAUGAUUGGACUGCCACUAUGGGCCCCUUUGAAAGUGUUGAAAGAAGGUCUCGCUGCGCGGACCCGUCUCAUCACUGAACUCGAGGCUUUGUAUCGCCGAAUCGACCAGUACCAGCAGGGAGAUAAUGUCAAUUUCGGCGCUGAUAUGCGCGACGUCGGCGAAACAGCAUUGGGAAGGAACGCCGUUUACAGGAGGGAGGGUUGGUCCUUCCCUGAGCGUGGUGCUGGAGACCUUGGACUCCUAUGGGGUCAGAAUGCGAAUACGCAACCACUCCUCUUCUGGCUGUUGACCUACGUAUAUUCCACGUCCGAGGUCUUGGAGCAACUCCGCGUGGAACUGGCCCCAUAUGUUACAAUGUCUACGUCCACCCCUAGAGAGCUAACAUCACUGGAUAUGCAAGGCUUGUCAAGGAAUUGUCCGUUGCUGAAGGCGUGUAUUUAUGAGACUUAUCGUCUUGUAAACGAACCAACGUCCAUUAGGUCUGUUGGUUCAAGCCCAGUUCACGUUACGGACGGGGAGUUGAGACAUGAACUUAAGCCAGGAACAUUCGUGUCGGUACCCUAUUCCCUGGUAAACCGUGACGCUUCGAUCUACAACAGUCCCAACAAGUUUGACCCUGGGCGGUUCCUGGAACUGGAUCCAUCAUCUGGUAAGCUUACUGCUCGAUAUGGACGAUUGAAGCCAUGGGGAUCUGGCCCUGCAAUCUGUAAAGGAAGGAUAUUUGCUGAGAAGGAGAUUGUAACGUUAGCUGCUGCUAUCAUUGAAAUGUGGAACGUUGACCCAGCGGACGGGGUAUGGAAGCUUCCGGGCAUGAUUCCAGGAACCGGAGUCAGAAAGCCGACCAAUGACAUACGUGUGGUGAUUACAAGACGGACUUAGCAUGUAACAUAGUCAGCGUAGUAUGUAUGUUGCAUACAAGCUCUCAC